AUCACUACAACGUAGUGUUAUGAAGCUACGGUUUCCUAAGGUUGCAGCGUGUCUAUGGUACCCGUUACAUAACCUCAUCGACGGUCACCACCAGACAAAAGAUUGCUUAAGGCUUUUCGUGUGCACGAAGAGGAGACAUUAGCAGUAACUAACCAGCUGUGGCGAGAUGUUCCCAGCUACCAGAUACUCCUGUCAUGCCUCUAGGUGCAUCAGGGCCUUGAAGACGGUGCAAAUUGACCACACGUCACCUCAACUGUACACUACGUUAGGCAGACGGAGCUGUUCUUCGCCGUCCACGCCUCGCAUCACAACCCACUACACUAUACAUCCCCGGGAAAAAGAUCCAAGAUGGGAAGGCGUGGAAAUGGAAAGGUUCGCGGAUGAGGCGGACGUGGUGAUCGUGGGCGGCGGUCCCGCCGGUCUGUCGGCCGCCAUUCGCCUCAAGCAGCUGGCUAACGAGCAGGAGAAGGAGCUGCGCGUGUGCCUGGUGGAGAAGGCGUCUCAGAUGGGGGCGCACACGCUGUCGGGGGCCUGCCUGGAGCCCAGCGCACUCUAUGAACUCUUCUCCGACUGGAAGGAACGGGGGGCUCCUCUCAACACACCAGUCACUGAGGAUAUCUUCAGCAUUUUGACAGAGAAGCACAGGAUCCCCGUUCCCAUGUUGCCAGGUCUGCCAAUGAGGAACCACGGCAACUACAUAAUUCGUUUGGGCAACUUUGUCCGCUGGCUGGCCGAGCAGGCUGAGGAACUUGGAGUGGAGUUAUAUCCUGGUUACGCCGCCUCUGAGGUUUUGUUCCACGAAGACGGAAGCGUCAAAGGAAUCGCCACCAAUGACGUCGGCAUCGCCAAAGAUGGCUCACCAAAGGACGUCUUUGAGCGGGGGAUGGAGCUCCACGCCAAGGUGACGUUGUUCGGAGAGGGAUGUCACGGCCAUCUCGCCAAGCAGCUCUACAAACGCUUCAACCUGCGUGAGAACUGCGAGCCUCAGACAUAUGCCAUCGGCCUCAAGGAGGUGUGGACCAUUGAAGAGAAGAAGUGGCGUCCUGGCCGAGUGGAGCAUUCGGUGGGAUGGCCUCUCAACAGGAAUACCUAUGGAGGUUCCUUCCUGUAUCACCUCAACGAAGGAGAGCCCAUGGUGGCUCUGGGCUUUGUGGUGGGCCUGGACUACUCGAACCCUUACUUGAACCCCUUCCGGGAGUUCCAGCGGUGGAAGCAUCACCCCUUCGUCGCCCCCACACUGGAGGGUGGCCACAGGAUCGCGUACGGAGCCCGUGCCCUGAACGAGGGCGGCUUCCAGUCUGUCCCUAAACUGACGUUCCCGGGUGGCCUUCUGAUUGGCUGCAGCCCCGGCUUCAUGAACGUGCCAAAGAUCAAAGGUACACACACGGCCAUGAAGAGCGGCAUGCUGGCAGCGGAGGCUAUUUUCCCACGAGUGGUCGCGGCGGCUGAGGGUGGCGAAGCGGAGACGGCGGGUCUGCACAUUCCUGAGUACGCUGAGGCCCUGAAGGCGUCCUGGGUGUGGAAGGAGCUCCGCGCCGUUCGGAACAUCCGACCAUCCUUCCACAACUACUUUGGUCUGUACGGCGGCAUGAUCUACACUGGGAUCUUCUACUGGAUCCUAAGGGGCAAAGAGCCAUGGACGCUCAAACACUGCGGUCGCGAUGCCGAUCAGCUAAAGCCGGCCAAGGACUGCACACCCAUCGAGUAUCCCAAACCCGACGGAAAGAUCAGCUUUGACCUGCUGUCUUCCGUGGCGCUCAGUGGCACCAACCAUGAAGGAGACCAGCCCGCACACCUUACCCUCAUAGAUGACAGUGUGCCCAUCAACAAGAACCUCGCCAUCUACGACGGGCCCGAACAGCGCUUCUGCCCGGCGGGCGUGUACGAGUAUGUUCCCGUGGAAACGGGCGACGGCAUGCGGCUGCAGAUCAACGCUCAGAACUGCGUACACUGCAAGACGUGCGACAUCAAGGACCCUAGCCAGAACAUCAACUGGGUGGUCCCGGAAGGAGGAGGUGGACCGGCCUACAAUGGAAUGUAAAUAAAGCACCCUGGCCACCAUUUGAGGAACAUUCGGUAAACUUGAAUGACUGAAUGAGUAUUCAGGGCCUCUUGCCAGUAAGUAUGUGCCUACCGUUGCUGUUAUACAGUCAAAAGUGUGAAUAUGGUUUAUCCAUAUAUUUUUAAAAAGUGUUCAGACUUUUGACUGGUAGUGGUAUAAGGACUGUAAUAACUAGGAACACAAAUCAUGUUUUAAGAGCCUGGAUUUUAUUAAUUUAUCAUGUGACACUACCGCGACAGAACAAAGUGUGGUUUGAACAUGUCAUUUGCAUAAAGUGGCCUUCAAGUAUAUUAAAUGUAGACUUCCAGCAAGCGUUUUUGAUAAGUUAACAUUUAUUCCAGGUACAUGUUGUACUGUACAUAUUGUCACAUCAGUGAAUAAACUACUUGACUCUUCUGCA